AACAUCGGGAUUUUCAUAAAAAUCAAAUCAAAUUAACUAUGCAAGGUUUGUGAUAGACAUCCAUAGUUAGCAAUUGCAUUUUUUCCAAUAACGUAAAAAAGAGCUAAUCACAUUCCACAUCAUUCAAGCGUGAAUGUUUAAUUAAACGCCUUUGAAUCAUUGAAACAUAUUGAUUGGUCAUGAACAUCACAAAAAAGGUUGAGAAAAGAUAAUUUCAGUUACCAAAUUGAAAAAUUACUUGCCAAUGAUAUAACAAAAAAAUCGUAUUUUUUGUUUUCAUUGAAUGUUCAUUGAGCCGUGACAUGAUGAUUAUUGUUGAAGAUACGCUUCCCAAAAAUAAUUGUCAUCAUAUUCAUCGUUAGAAAUGUGUAAAAAUUCCAAUAAUAGCAAAUUUAGACUGUGACUGUGUAUUCAACUGUGAAAUUUAGCCCCAAAAGUUGUAUUGUCUCUAAGAAAGUACCUUUUACAAGCCUUCUGACUAUAUUUCAUAGUGAGAAUGUGGGAUUCGUUCCAAUAAACUGGAAUCAAAGUCAUUAUAUUUUGCUUGUGACUUUAAAAAAAAGUGACAAUUUUGCCUUCUGGCGUUGCUCACUUAAGCAUGACAUAAAAUAUGUCUGUAAGUUAGGCAAAGAUUUAAUUUUGGCUUCAGAGGGGACAAUAGCUUGGACCUGCCCUUUACGACCUUAUAUUAUUCAUGAAAGAUGUCUUGCAAAUAAUUCCAUGUGUUAAACGAAUGGGGAAAGUGAAAUUUUCAUCAAAAUUUAUAAUUAAAUGGAUGUACAUGUAAACCAAAGUAAGUAAGUUUUACAUGGAUUAUUAUGAUUGAUGUUUAUUCCAUUAUGGUAUGUGAUGAAACAAAACAACAAAACACUUUAUGACCUUAUGAUUAUAUAUUAAAGAUUUCAUUACCGUAUAAGACCUAGAUGUGAACAAGUACACUAUGCUAAUAUGCAUCCUUGUUAUUUAUUACUUAUCAUAACUGUGUUAUCAGCCUUUUACCAAUAUUCAACCACUGAUAUAAUAUCAUUUAUCAUCAGUAACUUUAUCUUUGCUUCUAUUUUGAAAAAUAACCCUAAUUAGAAAUACAUAGAAAUCCUAUGUAUAAAGUGUGGUGUGUCCCGUAUGCCACAAAGCUGAAUUAGCUGGUAUAAUUAAACAUGAAAUUAAUUCAGUAAAUUCACUUCCAUUUUUUGAUGUAUAGUAAUAUAAAUUAGAACUCUCGAAAGUGUGAAGAAAACUUUUUGACUUUUCCUUUAAUAAUUAGAAUCUUAAAAAAAAACAUAUGCUAAAUUGUGAUGUACGGGACACUGCCUGUUGAACACCUGAUAAUUAACAUACUGUAUUUAAUUAAUUUUCAAAAUCAAUUCUUUUCUCAAAGCCAUACAUGUCCCCACAAAUAUAUAACUUGCAUUAUCUGCAGAUAAAAAAUGUGAUGUUCCGUACGUCACGCUAAUUAAUGAUUUCUUGGAAUCAUGACCUUGGCACUCAUUUAAGGGAUACUCCAGUCUGAAGAUAUUUACAUCUAAAUAAAUGGAGUAAAAUUCACAGAGAAAAAUGCUGAAAAUUUCAUUAAAAUUGGAUAACAAAUAACAAAGUUAUUGAAAUUUAAAGUUUAGCAAUACUUUGUGAAAACAGCUUUAUGCAUGUCAUCAUGAAUACUUAAUUUAGGUGGACUGAUGAUGUCACAUCCCCACUUUCCUUUUUCUUAUGUUAUACAUGAAAUCAUUAUUUUAUAUUUUCAUACAUGUGUAAAUGAUGUGUCGCCAUUAUAAUGAAAUAAGUUUCAACAAUGAAUUUAACUAUGUCUCCAUUGUAAUGAAAUACAUUGCAACAAGUACUACUUAAUCAGUUGUCAAUCCAAUUGUCUUAGUUCUUGGUAGAAAUUUUUUUAAUAAACCUAAUUUCAGUACAAAAGAACAAGUGGGGAUAUGACAUCAGUUCGCUUAUUGAAUAUUCAUGAAGACAUGCCUAGAACUGUUUCACCGGAAUAGUGUAAAUCUUCAAAAUUCAAUAACUUUGUUAUUUAAUAUCCGAUUUUGAUAAAAUUUUCAGCAUUUUGCUUUGUGAAUUUUACUCUAUUUUAUUGAGAUGCGAAUAUAUAUACAGCUUGGAGUAUUCCUUUAAUUUUAUGUUUUCAGAAGAAAAAAAUAUGAAAAAAAAUAUAAGGCAAAAAACUUAAGAGUACUAUGCUUCAAAAUGACAUACAUGUUCAAUAUGUCAGAUUUAGGGAAAGAUUUAAUUUUGGCUUCAGAGGGGACAAUAGCUUGGACCUGCCCAGAUACAGAUUUCAGAUAUGAUCAUUUGUUGAUAUACAGCCCAGGGGCCAGUCUCUUCAGGGUUACUUCUGGAUAAAUGUGAGAUUUCUCUGUGUUUGUAUUUCCACAGCGUCUUAAGGCUGCAGUACAUUUCACCACUGGACAGAUUUGUGGGGAGCUUGGGGAAGAAUUGGAUGUGACAUUCUCCAGGCAAUUCAUUUCGGCUCUUGCAGAGACAACCUUCAAACAAAUGGAAAUCUUUGCUUGUGAUCUGGAGUCCUUUGCUCAGCAUGCUAAACGGUCAACUAUUAAUUCUGAAGAUGUUAAACUUUUGACAAGGAGAAGUAAAGAUCUUAAUGCUCACAUCAGUACCCUAAGUGCAAGGCAAAUAGCAGAAAAUGAUGCAGUGAAAGAGAAAAAGAAAGGAAAGAGAGGACGAAAAGCAAAACCUGUGGUGGAAACUGAAGAUGAUCUAGAGUGAUAGUAUAGACCGUCACGUGACUUGUGAUCUGAAAGACACUGAGAUACUGUGUGAAAGACUCUUCUAUUCUCUGUGAGAAACACAUUUCUGUAUGCAGAACAACAAAUUUCAUGGACAAAUUUAAUAUUUUCAUCAUGUGAACAAUGUCACUGACUAAUGUUUUCAAUGAUGAAAUCUUAGAGGUGAUGUGGCUCGAUAGAUGGAUAAGUCUCCAGACUUUGAACCACGAGGUCCGGUGUUUAUCUACAUUUGAUAAGAGUAGCCAUGCUAAAGCCAGGGAAAUUGUGUAUGCAGCGCAUAAACACUUUGUAUUAAGCACUAUGUUAAUGUUGCAUAUUAUUACUGUUUUAACCCUAACUAGGCCGGGCUUUUUUGGCUGUUCUGUGAGAUCUCGGCCGCCGAUCGCGCGAGCGCCGCAAAAAUUUGCAAGCUGGUAGUGUGCAAUGUAAUCUACAAGGCUGUAUGGUAAAAUUUUCCAAAAUAAUGAGAUUUUAUUUUAUAUGAAUUAAUUAUGCUAAUUUAUGCAUAAAUCAUACUUUUUGCUCUAAUUCACUAAAUAAAGCUCCUAGAAUGCUAAUUUUUGGUAAAAAUAUUCUUUGUAGCAUUCUUAACUAUCGCAAUUCGGUUUGGAAAUCAAUUUGUUAUGUAUUUUGUUUUAUGAAUUUCUUAUGUAUUUCUUUGUUUUUCAACCUUUUGUUUUCUUUGUUUUUUUCACCAGAUAUAUUGCACAACCUUUUUGAAGCAUAAUUAUGCUAAAAUCAAUUGAUUUCAGCUGUUUAAAGCAAAAAUAAUCAUAUCUUUAUGAAUAAGAUGAGAAAACUCAAUUUGCAUUGACUUUGUACACAAAAUCACGUUUUGGAACAAUUUUUGGUCUGACAUGCACUUAUCAAACGUGCGUAAUUUCGGAACCGCGUACCCGGGCGUCGCAAAUGUGGUCUCAAAAGAUGCGCGAGACUUGAAAGUAUUAACUCUGUGAGUGGCGUGGUAAAAAAAUUUGGCGCGGCGAAAUGAUCGCAGAAAAUGUUGAGGGGGGGUUGAUUCAACCCCCCCCCCCCCCCCGGUCAGUUUAGGGUUAAGUCUUUUUUGGAAGCAGAUCAAGUGUCUUUUUCAAACUGCAGGUACAAUGAGCUAUCAAAUGAGACACCUUACAUCAACAUCGCAUCAGGAGAUAAAAUCUACAGCCCUAUCUCUGUCUACCCCAGUUUUAUAUUUUGGAGCUGUUCUGUAGUCGAUAUUGACUAUGAAUAUGUCUCAUUCCAGCUAUUGAAUAAAUUUAAUGCGUUUAUUUACUUCAAUUACCAAAGGUCAUGCUUCUGUGACAGACUGGUCAACAACAGGGGGCUGUUAGCCUGAUUUGUAUUUCACUGCUAUACAAAGUAAUGCAAGGUCACUUGUACUUCAUUCAAUGUGACUACGAAAAUGCAUUUAUUUGAUUCAAUCCUGUAAUGAAAGUACCAUUGCUGAAGAUGUAAAGACCAUGUGCAGGAAUCAUUGAAUUUUUGGCUUUCAAUAAAGGAGCUGCAAUGCAUAGAAACACAUUCAACCUAUAAAAGCUCAUGAAUUGCUAAUCACAAUGAGUACCGAUAGUAUGUUGACUGUUUGUGCAUUGAAAAUAUGUCUACAUGUAAUAAGGGGGUUCCCUCAGAGUCCUCUUAGACCAAUCAGAGUGCAGCAUUUGUGUUUUCAAGCUGUUUGGCUGAUGAAAAGUGUGACCUUGACCUGAUUUAAAAACCACAUCUUUGAAAUUUUAUUUUUUUAAUAAAGCACAGAUCUUCAGAUUUAUCACAAUCUAAAAAUCAUUUGGGCUGUAACAAAAAAUAAGUGUGAAAACAACUUUUUUCAGGUGAAAAUAAUUAUUUUGUGCAUGAUUUAGAUUGAAAGUUUCACAUUCAUUUCAAAGGUUUUCAAUAAAUUCAAAAACGUUAUAUGAAAGAAUUAUACUUCUUUACAAUGAUGACAAAAGCAUGAAAUUUACGAAUUAAGACUGAAUUAAAUGAGGUGCUUUGAUCUGCACCUAGCUCGUAAAAUUUGCAAAACCUUUCUAGCCAUGUAUAUCUCUUGGAAGAAAGAAGCCACUUUUUAAGGACCUGCCUACUGAGUUAUGAUACAAAAGACCUACGUGUGUGAGAAGUAUAAACUAGAAUGCAGCAAAAUGAAUUGAUCAUUGAACCAUGGGGAUGUUUCAUCUAAAUUCAUCAAGCUAUACUGCUAUAUAAAAAGCCAAGUGGGUGUUCUCACUUUAAUAAGCCAUAAGGAAAAAAAUAUGCUCAAACUAAUGCUGAUUUUUAACCCAUAAACAUAUAUUGUUAGCACCUAUUUGCAGCAAUUUAAAUAAAAUUAUUGGGAACUGUUCGACUUUUUGUUUGCCUUUUAGUGCUCCACACUGAAGUCCUUUAUAAAGCUUCAACAUCAAAAGUUCCCAUACAUUUUAUAGAUAGGGGUAUGAUUGAUAAAUUUCAACCUUAUAACCUCAUCUGGUUUCAAAUUAAGCAUGAAAACAAUCUUGGUGGAAUUAAAAGAAAGAAGAAUAAUAUCAAUCUUAUUUCAUUUGUAUGGAAGUGUAUGUAAGAGAAAGACUAUAUUCUAGGGUAUUACUAUUGUAUACCUUUCCAGUGUGUAAAUAAAUUAUUAAGGAAAUGAA